AUCAUUCUUGUGCUAUAUUGGGUGGCUUUGCAUUUUCGGGGAAAAGUGUGAUCAAAUCUUGUGCAACGAAGGCUGAGAAAAUCGCCGUCGCAGCCAGGAAACCAGCUAUUCUCCUUCCUCGUGUCAAUGUCUAUCCUCACCGUUCACUGUCAAUCAUCUCAGCCAGAUUGUAUCCCGGGAGAAGUGAAGGUGUUAUCCGCGAGUCUGAUACAUCAUUUUCGAAAAAAGAAAAGGCUGCUGAAGAACAGUGGGCUCGCCAAAGAGAUGCCGAGAAGCUAAAACAUCUACGUGAAGCACUUGAAAAGCACGAAAAGUCUCUUCAAGAUACACAUGAGGCACUCAAAGACAUUAAACAGAAUAUCGAAAACUUGUCAGAGAAGAUCAAAGAUGACUGA